CGAUCUUUGCAUUUCAACCUUGCUACUAUUAGGCGACCUUUCCUACCUGCUACAGUUGGAUGCCACAAAGCGAGACAUUCAUUGCAUUGUCUGCUAGCCCACCUACCCACCCACCUGUCCUGAAGCUGCUACCUACUUUGACAGCGGGUGGCAGACUGCGCACACUCCUUACGAUCUCCACCGACUGGCGCCUCAAAUCCUCAAAAGACCCGCAGCGUGAUGUCUUUGUCCCACAUAUCGCUCUAUAUACGCCGAGAAAUGACCCAGCGACAGACCUGAGAGACUCCUGCAAGCUCUGGCCACCCGUACUGAGUCCCUCUCAGAAGCUGAACUGCACGCGGGUCGUGGACCUCCUGACCAACACGGACCCUCGAGAGACACUGCAGAGUCAACAUGGACAACUUUAACUCCUCAGAUAUUGAGAUCAGCGAGCACGAAGAAGGGCUCCCAGGAAUCGGCAGCCAAGUAAUCUCCUCAAUCAGUGCUAACUCAACAACUGAUCGAGUUAAUUCCAAGAUCCGGUUGAAGAAGCUUCGAGAUAUCGCCAAUGCUCCCGGUACCGUACAGCAAUCCACCGCCAAUACUGGUAUGAGUUAUUCAAUGCCUUUACUAGGCAUUCAUUAAAGGUUUGUAGUCGUCCAAUGUCACACCUACCGGAGAUGAUACAAUUCGCUUCCUCUUCCAAUUACCCCAGUCAUUUACGAUCCAGACACAAUGAUGGCAAAAUCACUUGGACAGUGAUUAAAGAGGCUAAGAUACAGCUCGCUCGUUCUCUGGACCUUUCAUGACGAGGAACUUCAAGUUGUCUAAGCGAGACAAUCGCAGACUUGAUGCCCAACUGAGAGAACUGAGAUACAUCCUACUGCCCACGCCUGUCCUGAGGCUGCUACAUACCUCUUGAUGCCCCUAUGGGAUGGCUGAUGGGCUAUCUGCCACCUGUUACUAGGCGACCUUCUCCUAGUUGCUACAAGUUGAUGCCCAACCAAGGCCGUCGAACAGGCAGCUGUUCAUUUCGGUAGAUUGGGAUUGAGUGCACCUGACGACGCUGAUGCCGACAAAGAGAGAGAAGAGCCCAAGGCUAGGGCUCAGCUUCCAGACGACUCUCCAGCUGCCCCGCGGGCUUCCUUGCCACCUUCGCUGCCUGAGGCGCAGCAGCAAACUCCCUCGGCAAACGCUCGACCAUGGCGUCGUACAUUCGAUAUCGGAUCGAAUCCUCGUUCCCGGCCCCCCUGUUUUUCUCCUUUGAAAAAUUUGAGGCUAUCUCCGUUGUUGCUAAGGCAUACUGCAUAGUGAUACAUUCACAACUGUUCAUACCGUGGAGAAUGAUACCUAACAAGUGUCCCAUUGGCUGCGGUUGCUUGGAAGCUGUUGUCCACUACCUCAAUCCAAAGAACUGGCCCAGAACACGUCAACUCGGCAGCCUCAAAGAACCAAGCUCUUUCCGCUGGAGACGUCGAAGCACCAGAAGAGGAGGUGCCCCUAGAAGACCGUUUCUUGGCGACAAUCUAUGAGGAGGAUGAGAGCACAGUCGGUGAUGGUGAAUACCGCCUCACCAGCGAAUUCUUGUGGCGGUCGAAUUGACCAGGAGAUCGACCUGACCAGGAGAUCGACCAUGGACAACAGUAGCAAGUGCAGCAUUGUCAAAGGAAUGCCAUAGCCUUCGCUGAAUCGACGAGACGAAGAGCUUGAACCACACACGCCAGCACUCUCAUAGUGGUGGCGGCGGCGGCGGCUGACCGGCGAUGAACUCGUCUAAAUAUGUAUGGCGGGAAAAGUAACAAGGACCAGAAGUUCAAUUUAUCUGUGUAGGCAAACUGAGUGUGAAUGGC